ACAUCACAGGGGUUAUAACCAGUGUGGGCCAUGAGCGCUCUGCUUCCCAAUGUCAGCGUUCCAGGGAGCACGGCAGCUCUGCUGGGGACCACCGACCAUCCCUUUAACCUGACAGCUGCUGCUCAGGCAGGACACGGGCCAGGCCAGUCCCUGGCCCCUCUUUGUACACUCUGUUGCUGUGGGCUCCUCAAUCGCAUCCUGGCAGUGGUUUUCAUGGUCAUCUUGGCGUUUGCUGUGGUCAUUGGAAAUGUGGUCACACUUACGGUCUUUGUGCAAACGAGGCAAUCAAGAACACCACAGGGAUACUUGAAAGUGUCUCUGGCCAUAGCAGACAUGAUGGUUGGUGUUCUUGUGGUCCCCUUCUCAAUCUACACCGAAAUCUUUCUGAUGGUGACCAGUGCUCCUCCCAUCUGGUACCAGGGCAGUACCACCUCAUCCGCUGUGCUCUCCUCUUUGGAUGGACCAGUGAACCAAUGGCAGCCCUGCAUGCUGAUUGGGCCCGUGUUUGCUGGAUGCACUUUUGUCUCCAUCAGCACCAUCUUCCUGAUGACCCUGGAGCGCAGUGUAGCCAUCCUGUGGCCGCUCCACAAGGACACAUUGGUGACCCGAAGAAGAACGCUGCUCCUCAUCCUGCUCUCCUGGGCUGCCAGCUUUCUGUUGGCUCUCGCUCCUCUCAUCUUCAGCAGAAACUUCACUUUGGAGUACAACGAGUGCAGUCGUAUGUGUAACUACACCCCCCUACUGUUUGAAGGCCGAUUCCCACCUGACUCCAACAUUCUGUUGCUCUUUCCAGCAUUUGAUUUCACACUGCUCGGGGGCACGUUAGCAGUAAAUAUUGUGUCUUUCUCUAGCAUUCGUCAGUACACCAGAAAACGGAAACUACUUUCAGAGGGAAGCCUCAGUGAUGGAGGAGGAGGAGGAGGUGGAGGGGGAGGAUGCUCUCACAGGCCAUCUUUUUCUGACAUCAAGGCUGCAAAGACAAUUGGCAUACUAACAUUUGCCUUUACAGCAUCCUUCUCUCCCAUUGCAGUAUUUGUGCUUGGAAAUGUGGUGGGAUACACUUGGUGUAACUUUUCCUUUUUUGCCUUCUGGAUUCUGACAGGAAACAGUUGCUGUAACGUCAUUAUCUACAGUGUUAGGGACCACCGCUUCAGGAAGGGUGUGACCCUGCUCUUUCAAAGAGAGCAAUCCCUCCCACAUGGUGAGAAGACCUGAUAACCGCAUUCAUUCAUUCUGUAGCUGCAAAUGCGGUUUGUGGCUGUGGUGCAAGGUUUUACACAUGUUUAUUCACUUUCUUUGUGAGAGGAUCAAUGGCUUACUCAUCCUUGUACAUAUAGCUUAGUCUAGCAUAAUAAGAGGAACACAGCUAGUCCAUGCUUUGUCCAAAGAUAACACAAGCACUGUUCACACCUGUCAUUAAUGUGUGUCUUAAGGGAUUUGACUGCAAAGAGAUUGCUCUAAAUACAGUUGUAAAUUCACCCAGAAAGCAGUGUGAGCAACACCUCUAAACAACACAGCUGGAGGUGCUCUGGGGAAGCAAAUGGAUGCGUUCUUUUAGCACCAUGAACCUGAAUGUGUCUAGGGCCAGUUCAUAUAAACACCUACUCAGUAGAUGUUCCUCCAUCUGUUCAGUAACAAUUUGUCUGAAUCUCUAUUCUGGCCACAGGUCAGGUUACAGGACUGAAACCGCUGGGUCAAAAUAUAUUUGAUACACAUUCAUCGGCUGCUUUGUUAGAAACAUACCCAAGAAAGUGGUGAGGGUAGACAUACAUUCACCUAUAUGAUAUAUAAUCAAUAUUUGAUAUUGCCAUCCUCUUAAAAUAAUGGCAAAAUAAGAGGAAAAUGUGCAAUAAAAAAAAAAAGGGGUAUUAUAUUGAUUUGACUCGAAGAUAACUGCAGGAUUCUGGAUUUGGUCUUACAGAAUGGGAAAUGUGUUUGUUUAAACAGGGAGGUGAGCUUCGGCCACAAGUUUUCACUUGUGAUGCACAUCAAUGGAGGAAGUCAACUGGCACACAUAGAAGUGUCCAGCUGCGAUCAGAUCAGACAGGACCAAGCAUUCCCUGGGGCUGAAAAACAAGUUGACCCAGAAAUGCCAAAAAACUUCAGUUCUUUGAGCAACCACUUGACACUUUCUUCAAAGAUAAAUCUAGUAUUAUAACAGAAAUAUGCUUUUUUUUUUACUCUUUCAGUCAAAACAUUAUACCUAAUGUACCCAAUGUCACACUAAUUAUAACUAUACAGUCAAUAAAUACAUUUACAUUACUCCCUCUUUUAGUUAGUUAUCCUUAUCACUUUUAAUAAAGAGUGCAAAACAACUCUGUGACAACACCCGCAGGUUUCUGAAGAGUGGGAUUGAAGCACAAGUUUCUUAGUGCUGGUAUUGUAAAUGCCAUCUUGGUAGGAGCUGACAGGCAAAACCCAUUUAACUCAAAGUUGGUUAAAUGGGUGAAACCCUCAAGC